AUGCCGAACCUCGAAGGUCGGGCUCUCUUUACAGCCGUGACAUCGCUGACAUGUCUUGGGUUUUUGCUCAUAGGAUAUGACAAUGGAUUGAUGGGAGGACUCGUUAAUGCAACAGGGUUCAAAGAUACAUUCAACAAUCCUGACCCCACCAUCGUUGGCCUGAUCGUCGCUAUAUAUGAAGUGGGGUGUUUCCUCGGAAGUGUAGCUACAUCUUUGUUUGGAGAAAAUAUUGGAAGGAAGAAAUCGAUUGGAAUAGGAGUAGUUAUCAUGACCAUUGGGGCAUUACUGCAAGCAUCAGCAUACUCGAGAGCUCAUAUAAUCGUUGCACGAGUAGUUUCCGGAGUAGGAAUGGGAUUCAUAAAUAGUACUGUUCCUGUGUUCCAAGCAGAGUUCAGUCCUAAAGCAACAAGGGGAUUGUAUGUCUGCAUGCAAUUGUCGACUUUGAAUUUUGGAAUAUUCUUAGCGUAUUGGGUCGAUUACGGCUUCACGCAAUCAUACACUGCCUCGUUUUCUUGGAGAGUACCGACGAUUCUCCAAUGUAUGUUCUUAGUACCAAUGCUUGUUUUACUCGCCAUAGUUCCUGAAUCUCCUCGAUGGCUAGCUGCGCACGAGAAAACGGAUGAAUCGUUGAUUGUUCUCGCUCGAUUACAUUCACAUCACAUGACAGAGGGGCAAAUAAAAUCUUUACACGUGGAUAUUGUCCGCACUUGCGAAUUCGAAAAAUCACUGGGAACAGGCUCUUGGAGUGAUCUGUUCAAAAAUGAUGCAAUUCAAUCACAACGUCGGUUCUUGAUUGCAUGCGCCAUCCAAUCUUUCCAACAAUUAGGCGGUAUAAACGCAUUGAUAUACUACUCCAAUACACUUUUCUCGACCUCACUAGGAUUCUCAGAUCAUCUCAGUGCGCUUAUGUCGGGAUUUCUCCAAACUUGGUUCUUUGCCGCUAGUUUUAUCCCUUGGUUACUUAUUGAUCGAGUUGGGAGGCGCCCUCUACUCUUGUCAAUGAUUUCUGUCAUGUCAGUAGUAAUGAUUGUGCAAACGGGAUUGAUUUAUAAUGUGCAAAAUAAUACAUCUAUUGCCAAAGGUUGUGGCAUUGGUGCGGCGGUGAUGUUGUUUAUUUUUGAAGGGGCUUUCACUAUUGGAUUUCAGGCGACAGUCUGGGUCUAUCCUUCUGAAAUCCUUCCUCUUCGUCUUCGCCAACGAGGUUCCUCGGUCUCAACAGCAUGCAACUGGAUUUUUAAUUACAUGAUUGUACAAAUUACUCCAAUCGCAUUAAAUAAUAUAGGGUAUAAAACCUACAUAGUAUUCGGGGUACUGAAUGCGUGCUGGAUUCCAAUCAUAUUUCUCUAUUUUCCCGAGACCAAAGGAUUGGAAUUAGAAGAUGUUGAUAAAAUCUUUGAGAGAGGUCAUGGGGCAAUCGAAGGAUUGGGUGGUCUAGAGAGAGAUGAUGAGGAGUUUGGGGGGGUGAGUGCAUUAGAUGGGGAAGGUAGAAAUACCAGUUCUGAGCAUCGCAGUGGAAGCGGGAGUGGUAUUGGUGGUAGCUUGAUUAAUCAGAGGAAAUUAGGUACUGAUACUGGGAAAGCAACGAAGGAAGAGAUAGAACGUGUGACGAGCGAAGAGGAUCCUUAA